AUGGCAUGCGUGCCUGUACAAGAUCUGCGCGCCAAAGACGAUUACCACUUCCUAUUUGUCGAAGCGAACCCGGAUGCCGAACACGAUAGUAAAGCGUCGCCGGUCCUGUUCAAGUCAGCCAUAUUGACCAAUCCACCCCAAGGACUCUCCAUCGACUAUGUCGCUCCACGGCAAGGCGAGAACUGCUGGGAAUUCAGGCAGGAUCCUGCAGCUGUUCAGCCAAACUUUCACGUUAUAGUGUCGACUGGCUCUGGAACUGGUCUGGCUGCUGAAGUUUGGAAGCAAUUGGUCAAGCCUGGACUGGAGCACAUAAAGGUCGACGAGGCCAAGCACUAUGCAUUGCACUACACUGAUUCGGAGUCCACAGUGAGCGAGCUCACCAGGGAUAUUCUCCUCCCCCAGGCAAAUCUCGGAGUCUAUCAGUCCGUAUUGCUCAUGAGUGGCGACGGCGGUAUAGUCGACAUCGUGAAUACACUGCUUUCUGGCAAUCGAAGUCAGAACUACAGAAAGCCUAAUAUUGCUAUCAUGCCACUCGGCACUGGCAAUGCGCUUGCUCACAGCGCAGGAAUCACAAAGGAUGAUACCUUUGGAGUCAAGACAUGGCUUCGUGGUGGACUGCAGGAAUUGCCACUGUUCUGUGCAAGAUUCUCAUCAGGUGCUCGACUACUCACCGACGAGGCACGGAAAGAAACACCAUUGCACACUAUGGAUGGGGCGACCGUCGCACAUGGCGCAGUAGUCUGCUCGUGGGGUCUCCAUGCAGGCCUAGUUGCAGACAGCGACACGGUAGAAUUUCGAAAGUUUGGCGUAGACCGAUUCAAGAUGGCCGCACAAGAAGCGCUUUUCCCCAGCGACGGAUCUCCGCCACAUGUCUAUCGUGGCAAGGUGUCAAUACUCCGACCGCGUGAGCAAAACUGGCAAACCAUUCGUCAUGGAGAGCAUGCCUAUGUCUUGGCAACGUUGUGCAGUCAGCUUGAGAAAGGAUUCACCAUCAGUCCGGACACGAAACCUCUGGAUGGGAAGUUACGGCUUGUGCAUUUUGGUCCUACAACCGGAGAGCAAGCCAUGUCCAUUAUGAGUAAAGCAUAUCAGGGCGGCCAACAUGUACAGGACGAGAAUGUCGGCUAUGAAGAAAUCGAGGCACUCAGAAUCGACUUCGACGAGGUUGAUGCGCGUUGGCGUAGAGUGUGCAUCGACGGCAAGAUCAUCCGCGUCGAGCAAGGCGGCUGGGUAGAAGUCAGAUCUGGUCAGAAAGGUGUAAUCGAUUUGAUUGUAUGAAGCUCUCCCG